UUUUUGAAAAUACAGUAAAUAAAUAUGCAUCUCUCCAAAAAGAAAUCCCAAGCUAACUACGACGUCGUACCGGUGCUUUCAUUUCCCUAGAAAUCCCGCCUCGCCGCCGCUGAUCGCCGCCGCUCGUUUCUCUUCUCCUCACUCCACAUUACACUCCGACGAGCAACCACCACUCCGUCCAUGGAAGCCCAGCCUGAAUCCGACCCGAAAACCAACCGAGCGGAGAACCCGAAGCCCGACUACGAAGAAAUCGAAGAUGAUGAAGACGAAGACGACACGGAGCUGGAAGAAGACGACGACAACGAGAAAACAACGGAUGCCCGAAUGCAAAGGGACCGAGCCGACAUGGACUCGCUAUUCAGGCGCCUCUCGUCGGAGCGGGUUCCGGUUCGGGUUCACGACAUAGUCGUCAAGGGAAACAGGAAGACGAAGGAUUCCGUGAUCGAGGCAGAGGUGGAGACUCUGUUCAGAGAUGCCAACAGCUUCCAACAGCUGCUGCGCGCCGCCGGUGUCGCCAAAUUGCGGCUGCACCGUCUCGGUAUUUUUGAUUCUGUUAGUAUCACGCUCGACGCCGGCCCGCCGGAACUUCCGGGGACGGCGAAUGUCGUCAUUGAUGUUUCGGAGGGGAGUUUGCUCUCUGGGGAUUUUGGCGUUUAUUCCAAACCGGAGGCUAGAUCGUGGUCUCUGGAAGCAGCAGCAAGACUGAAAAAUCUGUUGGGGUAUGGAGAUUUGUGGGAUGGUUCACUGGCUUAUGGUUGGGGUCAGUCAUUGGAAAUUAGCUCAGGGGUGGCUUUACCCAGAUUCAAAUCGAUUCCUACUCCAGUGUCUGGGAGAAUAUCUCUGCUUUCCCAGGAUUGGUUGAAGUUCUCUUCCUACAAAGAACGAGCUCUUGGGCUCUCACUCAGUCUAUUGUCAACGGGGAACCAUGACCUGUCUUACAAUCUCUCUUGGCGGACUCUAACAGAUCCAUCUCAAAUGUCUUCCUACACAGUGAGGAGGCAGCUCGGACAUAAUCUGUUGUCAGCACUGAAGUAUGCAUUUAAAAUAGACCAUAGAGAUUCACCAAUGAGGCCAACUAGAGGAUAUGCUUUUGUUUCCACUACUCAAAUUGGUGGCCUUUUUCCUGAUUUACGGAGUUUGCGCUUUUCCCGUCAGGAGUUUGAUCUUCGUUAUGCUAUCCCCCUUGGAUUCUAUCGGGCUGCAUUGAACUUUGGGAUAUCUGGUGGUGUUUUGUUUCCAUGGGGGAGGGGAUCUUUGAGUAGUCCCACGUAUUUGCCUGAGAGGUUCUUCAUGGGUGGCAAUACUUCACCAGUUUGCUCCUUGAUAGGGCCAACAUCUAUUUUAGGCUUCAAGUCGAGGGGAGUGGGUCUCGCUGAACCUAGACGAGCUACGAGAGAAAAUUCAAAUGAUGAGAACUCUGGUGAUUCUGGAAUAGAUCAUGUUGGGGGAGAUCUUGCUCUCACUGCCUUUGCAGACCUUUCUUUUGAUCUACCUCUCAAGGUUCUUAGGAAUGCUGGUAUCCAUGGGCAUGCCUUUGCUUGCACUGGCAGUCUAAAUAAAUUGAGCGAGAAUUCAUUCAGGGAAUUUUCUCUUCAGAAAUUUAAGGAUUCUUUCCGAAGCUCUGUGGGAGCUGGACUUGUCGUGCCGACUCAGCUAUUUCGAAUGGAGGUAAAGAGUUCUUCAGCUUCUAAAGUCUCAUAUAUUAACUUCUGUUUCCCAAUUUUCCUCUCUACGGCUGAUUUUGCUAAAGUAUAAAAGAUACACACACUCGACACAGCUUAGAUUCAUACAAUCUCCAUUUCAACAAAAAGGUUCUCCCAGAAAGGAAUCUGUUACUUACUGCAGGUUUCAAUGUCUAUACGAAGAAAAGUAUGUUAUUUCAUCACUUUAUCGGAUGUUAUAGACUAUUUGCAGUCCUUCAAUCUAGACUGUAAGAUUAACCGGAUAGUAUUGGCUUACAAAUUACAUGAUUGCAACUAGUAUUAUUGGGAGAAUUUCCUAGUUUCCAACAUGAUUUGCUGCUUGUCGGAGAAAGGGCUCCUUCGUAUCUAUGCUAUAACAAAUUUCUAGUUAGAGUAAUGGAGGAAAUAAAACUUAUGUGUUACUUGAGAUGGAAGCAAUGCAGAAUGCUUUGAGAUAUUCUGUGUAAUGCUCAAACACAAGGAUUCCAUCAUUUGUUUCCUUUGAUUAACAGGUCAACUACUGCUAUAUUCUGAAGAAACAAGAGCACGACAAAGGGAAGACUGGUGUACAGUUUUGCUUCUCUUCUCCACAUUGAUUUCGUGUUUUGAUAACUCGCGGCUUAUUACAGAUUUAGAAUUUGAGUAAGUUUAUCUUCUUCAUAUCCAACUAUAGACAGCUCUGAAACAAUUUCUCGAUGCAGCUCCAGAGAAAAAAUUAUAUUUAAUUCUUACCUUUCCUUGACUAUGGAAAAAAAACAUUUAUUGUUGCUUCAAAUAGAUAAAGCUGCACUUCUUUUUUGAUCA